AUGGCUUCAAUAAACGAUAUUGGAGUAGCAGCAGCAAUCAACAUAGUCACAGCAAUUGCGUUCUUGCUAGCUUUUGCAAUACUCAGGAUUCAACCAGUAAACGACAGAGUCUAUUUCCCUAAAUGGUAUCUCAAGGGCCUAAGAAGUAGCUCUAUACAAACCGGUGGCUUUGGAAGCAAGUUUAUCAACUUGGACUUUAGGUCAUAUGUUCGAUUCCUCAACUGGAUGCCUGAAGCACUUAAAAUGCCAGAACCUGAGCUUGUCCAUCACGCAGGACUAGAUUCUGUUGUCUACUUGAGGAUCUACUUACUUGGGCUAAAGAUCUUUUUCCCCAUAGCUUGUGUUGCUUUUACAGCAAUGGUCCCUGUUAACUGGACAAAUAAGGGACUGGAUCGGUUAAAACACACUAAUAUAAGUUACAGUGAUAUCGAUAAACUUUCUUUAUCGAAUAUACCAAAUGGAUCAGGCAGUAGAUUUUGGGUGCAUUUGUGUAUGGCUUAUGCCAUCACCUUCUGGACAUGCUUUAUGCUGAAAAGAGAGUACCAGAAUAUAGCUUUGAUGAGGCUACAGUUUCUUGCUAAUGACGAAAGAAGACCUAACCAGUUUACUGUUCUUGUGAGAAACAUUCCUACAGACCCUCAUGAAUCAAUCUGUGAACUUGUUGAACAUUUCUUCAAGGUCAACCAUCCUGAUCACUACCUCACUUACCAGGCAGUCCACGACUCAACAAAACUCUCAGAGUUGGUUCAGAAGAGGAAACAAAUGCAGAAUCUGCUCGAUUACAAUAUCAACAAACACAUGAGAACCCAAUCUAAAAGGCCAAUAAUAAAGAUGGGGUUUCUUGGCUGUUGCGGUGAACAAGUUGAUGGAAUCAAGUACUACACGUCCAUGGUGGAGAGUCUAACGAGAGAAAUAAGUGAGGAGAAGCAGAGGUUAAGGACAGGGACAAAGUCUAUAGUCCCUGCAGCUUUUGUAUCUUUCAAGAGCCGUUGGGGAGCAGCGGUUUGUGCUCAAACUGAACAGUCAAGAGACCCAACAGAGUGGCUAACCGAAUGGGCUGCAGAGCCACGUGACAUCUACUAUGACAAUCUGGCAUUGCCAUACGUCGACCUUAAGAUAAGAAGGAUCAUAGUGGCAAUCGCAUACUUCUUCCUCACCUUCUUCUUCAUGAUCCCGAUAGCAUUUGUACAGUCACUCGCCAACAUCGAAGGCAUAGAGAAGGCUUUUCCCUUCUUGAAGCCCCUUAUAGAAGUGAAAUUUUUCAAGUCCAUCAUCCAAGGCUUCCUUCCAGGGAUUGCAUUGAAGAUAUUCCUCAUGUUCCUCCCAAGAAUAUUGAUGCAAAUGUCGAAAUUCGAAGGUUUUGUCAGCACAUCUUCAUUAGAAAGAAGAGCAGCUAGUAGAUUCUACAUGUUUCAGUUCAUCAAUGUUUUCUUAGGAAGCAUAGUCACCGGGACUGCGUUUCAACAGCUCAACCGCUUCCUCAACCAGUCUGCAAACGAUAUUCCGAAGACAAUAGGCGUCUCGAUUCCAAUGAAAGCGACCUUCUUCAUAACAUACAUAAUGGUGGAUGGAUGGGCAGGUGUUGCUGGAGAGAUACUGAGGUUGAAGCCGCUAAUAAUCUAUCAUCUAAAGAACUCUUUCCUCGUGAGAACCGAGAAUGAUAGGGAAGAAGCAACUGAUGCUGGAACCAUAGGAUUCAACACUGGUGAACCUCAAAUACAACUCUACUUCCUUCUUGGUCUUGUUUACGCAGCAGUUAGCCCCAUCCUUCUUCCUUUUAUCAUCCUCUUCUUCGCCCUGGCUUAUGUAGUGUACCGUCAUCAAGUUAUAAAUGUGUAUAACCAAAAUUAUGAGAGCGCAGGGAAGUUCUGGCCUGACGUUCACAGGCGUGUCGUGACCGCACUGAUAGUUUCUCAGCUGCUCUUGACGGGUCUUCUAAGUACCAAACAAGCUUCUAAGUCAACUCCUUUUCUUCUUGUGCUUCCGGUGUUGACCAUUGGGUUCCACAUGCACUGCAAAUGCCGUUACCAACCUGCUUUUGUCAGAUACUCUUUACAGGAAGCCAUGAUCAAAGAUACACUGGAACGCACACGUGAGCCAAACCUUAACCUCAAGGCUUUCUUUAGAAAUGCGUAUGCCCACCCGGAGUUUAGGGUGGGAGAAGACCUAGAGCUAGAGAUGGCCGUGGAGAAGCCUGAUAAGACACCGGAGCUAGUUGCCACUAAGCGUGGCUCAUGGAGGAACACUCCUUUGCCUAGCAGCAAACAUAGCUGCCCUUAUUCACCUUGAUGCUUUUGCUCUUUUCUACCGUUAAUGGUAAUUCUUUCAUGUUCUAUGUACAUAGUAACACUUGUAUUAAAUGCAAGAAAAAGAAACACCAUAUGAAGAAACAUUACGGGACACUGCUAACUAUGAUUACAAUGAUCUCACUCGAAAAUGUUCUCCCCGUAAGUGUCUAGAAGUGGCUGAAGGGCUUUACGAGCAUCAGGACGAGCAAGAACUCGAUGCAGUCUGUGUUUAACCCCAAUGUCUGGGGUGAAUUUCCUAUCGAGCAUGCUCUCAAGAAGCGGGACAGCAUCUUUAACCUUGUUCAGUUGAAGGAAGCCAGUUAUAACGGUGUUGAACAUAACAGAAUCGGGUGAACAACCCUUUGAUUCUAAUUCAUAGAACAAUGCUCUGGCUUCUGAUAGCAUCUCAUGUUUGCAGAGGGAAUCGAUAACUAUAUUGUACGUUACCACAUCUGCCACCAAUCCCAUGUUCUGGAUUUCAUCAAAGAGUCUCUUUGCGUCAUCCAGCUUCCCAUUUUUUAUGAGACCACUGAUGAGAGCAUUGAACUGAAAUAUGUCGGGAGAUUGACCAGACUUGCGUAUUGCAUUGAAGAUAUCUUGAGCAGCAUCUGAAUCUCCAGCUCGGCAAGAAGCGUGUAUCAGUGAAGUAUACGUAUAACUGUCUGGUUCCAGCCCCUCAUGUUUCAUGCGUCUUAUAAGCUCAGUGGCUUCUUCUAGCUUUCCAUGUUUGCAAUAGCCACUGAUCAUUGUAUUGUACGUAAUUGGAUCAGGCACCAAACCCUUGUCCGAGAUUUCAUCAAAGAGUCUCUUUGCAUCAUCCCAUCUACCACUUUUUAUCAGCCCAUCGAUGAGAGCGU